GAGCGUGUGACCCCCGCCCCACGCUCGGUGCCGGGGGACGCUGGAGUGCUGCGGCCGUGUUCGUGGGUUGAGCGCCGCGGUUGAUUGCUGUCGACGCUCUCCUGGCCGGGGUCCGGCGCUGUCCCGGAGCACUCUCUCCACUCCCCUGCCUGCGGACUCAUCAUGAGGCGCCUGGGCUCUGUGCAGAGGAAAAUGCCGUGUGUGUUUGUGACAGAGGUGAAAGAGGAGCCUUCCACCAAAAGGGAGCAUCAGCCAUUUAAAGUUUUGGCAACUGAAACUAUAAGUCACAAGGCAUUAGAUGCAGAUAUAUACAGUGCAAUUCCAACAGAAAAAGUGGAUGGAACAUGUUGUUAUGUUACUACCUACAAAGGUCAGCCAUACCUUUGGGCUCGGCUGGAUAGAAAACCUAACAAAGUAGCUGAGAAAAGAUUUAAAAAUUUUCUACAUUCAAAACAAAAUUCAAAAGAAUUUUUUUGGAAUAUUGAGGAGGACUUCAAACCUGUUCCAGAGUGCUGGAUACCAGCGAAGGAAAUAGAACAAUUAAAUGGGAAUCCGAUGCCUGAUGAAAAUGGACACAUUCCUGGUUGGGUACCAGUGGAGAAAAACAACAAACAGUAUUGCUGGCAUUCUUCGGUAGUUAAUUAUGAAUUUGAAAUUGCACUGGUACUGAAGCAUCAUUCUGAUGAUCCUGGUCUUUUGGAAAUUAGUGCAGUGCCACUGUCAGAUCUCUUAGAACAAACACUGGAGCUUAUAGGAACCAAUAUUAAUGGAAACCCAUAUGGGUUAGGAAGCAAGAAGCAUCCGUUACAUCUUCUUAUACCACAUGGAGCAUUUCAAGUAAGAAAUCUACCUACCUUGAAGCACAGUGAUCUGCUGUCCUGGUUUGAAGGUUGCAGAGAGGGUAAAAUUGAAGGAAUAGUAUGGCAUUGCAAUGAUGGCUGUUUAAUCAAGGUCCAUCGCCACCAUCUUGGUUUAUGCUGGCCAAUCCCAGAUACUUAUAUGAAUUCAAAGCCAGUUAUUAUCAACAUGAACCUGAACAAAUAUGAGUAUGCCUUUGAUGCUAAGAGUUUAUUUAAUCAUUUUUCAAAAAUUGAUCAUCAGAAAUUUAGUAGGCUCAAUGAUAUAAUACUCAGUGUAUAAACUGGAAAUGCAAUUAAAAAUCAGCUUCAUUGUUGUUAUAUUUCAA